UGGUGAACAGCUUGUGACAAGGCACGCGGUUAUGAAAGACAACCCCAUUCGCACCCCAGGGAUUCAGAGUGAAUUAGCUCUGUCCAGUGAGUUCAAACGCAGAGCAGAAAUACAAUACAAAUGGUCUUCGGAGGAUGGAGAUGCUCUGAAAACUCCCCAUGGAGGACCUGACCCGACAAGAUGUUACAGACCGCAGGGGCUCCAUCCUCCAAUGAUGAACCUACCCACCUGCCUGAUGAACUUGUACUUCAGAGCAAUGAGACCUCCAGUUUUCUGCCAUGGUGUUUACUCUGAGGCUGCCAAAGGAGGAAGGAGAGGGGAUCUAUUUGUCCCAAGACAUCAUCAAGAUCAUGUGGGUGAACGGAAAAACAGUUUUUUUCCUGUAGCAAAGUGCGCCAAACAUCGACGAUGUGACCCAGCCUUGAGGGACCCCGGUGUCACAGUCACUGCUCCCUCUGCUUCCAGCUGCUGCCAUCGGAUUAUCGGCGGCUGGGUUACACGUCAGACAGCCAGAGAUUUGAUAAGCAGCAUCUGUGAAAGUGAAAAGUCAAGGGCGAGCAUGGGAACUGACUUAUCCGCCUGGAGCUACUGGUCAUUUACGAGGCAAUGGAGAGGCCCACGUGGCCUGUGGGUACUGACUGUCCCUUUAUGGGGCGUUUACAUCAUGCCUUUUUAA